AUGUCGUGGGAAGCGAGGGCGAGCGCAGGGCCUGACCUUCUCUGCCCUUGGUCCUCUAGCGGUGGUGGUAUCGCUGGCCUCACGCUUGCUGUCGCUCUGCACCGAUACUCAAACCCGGAAGCACCUGUCGAGGUCAACAUAUAUGAGGCCGACCGCGAAGUCAGGACCGUUGGGGCUGGCAUCACCGUGUGGCCCCGGACGUGGGCGAUCAUGCGCGAUUUGGGAUUGUACGACGAACUGGCGGGCAUUGCGGCGCGAUCCCAGAGUGGCACUUAUGACAGCCGAUCCACAGAAUUGAAGCCGGCGUUCGUGGCGCGCAAGGCGGAUCAGCCUAGCGAAGGCUACACAUACGCACGCGUCCUCGCCCCCAAUGGAUCCACAACGAUGCACAGACGCGAUAUGCUCGACGUCUUCCUGCGCAGCCUCCCCAGCUCCUACGUGCUCCACACAUCCAAGAAGCUCACAUUUUACAUCUCGGGUCCCUCGAUCGUGAUACACUUCGCCGACGGCACCGAAGUGGAGGCCGACGUUUUCAUUGGGGCAGACGGGAUUCACUCAGUGACGCGCCACUGUAUGUACGCUGGUGCACACCGAAUCGAGUGUCCGCCUGCACCCGAAGAGGAUCAGCCGUGGCAUAGGUGCACGCGAUGCAAGGCCGCGGUCCCCAGAUGGACGGGUAUCCACGCGUAUCGCUGCUUGAUACCGACGACCAAGCUGUAUAGGAAGAAUCGGCAGCACACAACGAAGUCUAUCGGAUCGGUUCUCUGCCACAUAAUCACUUACCAGAUAUCCGAAGGCACCCGUCUCAAUUUCGUCGCUCUCUGUAGGGAACCUGGUGGGGAGGGCACGCACUAUACGGACAAAUGGGUGACGGAGGUGCCCGAGGAAGAGGUCCUAUCGCAGUUCACGUCCUGGGAGCCAGAGGUGCAGCAGAUGCUCGACUGCGUGUAUAAACCGACCCGUUCGGCGAUCCAUACGAUUACGGACCUUCCGUUCGCUGUUCGAGGGAACGUCGCGCUGAUUGGGGACGCCAUGCACGCAAUGGCACCCAACUUCGGUGCAGGAGGCGGUCAAGCGAUUGAGGACGCAUACAUACUCGGCCGCCUCCUUACGGACCCUCGUCUGGCGCAGAACACCGCGUAUGCAUCUGCGGCAUUGAAGGCGUUCGAGAGCGUCCGGCUGCCAUUCACGACAGACGUUGCGCGGCGCGCCCGCGACGUAGGGCUGAUGUACGAGUUCAACGCACCCGGGCGUUUCGCUGGUUCCGCGCAGGAGCAGAGCGUGCCGCAGCAGAAUGAGCGCGAGCAGCUGGAUGACCUCGGACGGGAGAUCAAUGACAUGUGGGCAUGGCAGUGGGAGGAGGGGCUUGAUGAACAGUGGGAGGCGGCGAAGAGGGCAAUGGAGGCCGCCUUACCGUCCAAUGAGCUGGCUGAUGGUUUGGUAAAUCGGCGAAGGAGAGAUACGUAG